AUGUCAUGUGAUCGACGUACUAAAUUAAGUUUAUACAAGCUUAAUGAAAGGAAACGUUUGCAUAAAGAUUCGUUGGCAAAGAAGGAAAUUUUGAUGAAUUUGAGUUCGGACUCUGACGAUUCAACUGCUUCCUGUAAAGAUACAUUCGAGAGUUUAUCGGAUAUAACAACAUCAGAAAGUGAUUUUUGUCGACGAAUGCCAGUUGCACGUUGUGCAGAUCGACAGUGGAUUACGAAAACUUAUCGAAGGCCCGAAAAAAUUUUUUCUAAUCGUUAUGAUAGCGCCAUUAGUCAUGCUAAUUUAAAAACCAGGCCUAUUCUCGUUCCCAUUGAUCAUUCGUCAUCGUUUGAAACGAAUUAUGGCGACGAUUUCUCAGUAUCCUCGGGCACUUACUCUCGAAGUUCUCCUCAUUUACUUCAUGAUCUCAGCAUAAUUCAGGAAUUAUCGCCUAUAGAUGAUCUGGAGAACUACGAAGUACCGAAGAUACCUUCAUUGGAACUUUCUAGGAAUUGGCGCCCAUUGCAAACAUCUACAGCUACUUCAAUUCAUCAUAUAGCAUUGCCAAAGACCAAUCCUUAUCAUGUUAAGCCUCAAGUACCACCAGUUCCACUCGUAUUACCGCCAUCUGGCCCUUCUUCUAUACUUAGUCAAAAUAUGAAUGGAUAUGAUGCUUUUCGCAAGCCCGGCACUUUCCUCGAACAGACACCAAGGGCUGAUCGAUAUCGUCAUGUAAAUCCGGAGAUACAUUCGACAGGCUUUAUUACCAAAUGGAAGUCUGAUUCUUUUGGUCUUCCGGCUCCAUUUGCAAGGCGCAUUGGAUGUAAAGGGAAAAUUCAUUUAACUAUGUCGCUAACGGAUUGUUAUCUUACAGUUAGCGUCGUUAAUGCUUUCUACUUUUUGGAUCCAUCAGAAUCACAAGUUUCUUCAUAUGCUCGAGUAAAUUUCCAUUCUUUCUCUUCCAUAGUCUGCAAGGUUGAAAUAAAAUCAAAUCCAUUAUAUCGGCGACGAAUUCACCUUCGAACGCAUUCCGAAGAACGAUUUUGUCAAAAUAUGGAACAAAGUUACCGUACUAGAGUUAUACCAUUCAAUAAUAAACCUCAAUUUUACGAGAGCUUUACUUUGUAA